CAUCAUGUUUAUUCCCUGUUCACAACCACAGUUUAAUGAUUCAAGUACAGAUUUGAAGCUUUAACAAAAGUAUUGCUUUCAUUUCAUUUCAAAACCUCCUUCUCUUGUUCUAAUGGAGAUUCUGGAUGUUCACAGGUAUGAUCCAGUGACAUGAUGGAGAGUUUAAAGACGCGGCUCGAGUUCCCCAGCCCUGUCAUACAAGCCCAGACGGUGAGAAGUCUUGUUGCAGCUGUCUUAAAGGAAAAAGGGUCAAAUGGGCAAAUCAGCUGGUCCUGUGCUCAGGGCCCAGCACUGGAAGCUUUGUGGCAGCAGUGCUGCAGUGACUGUGCUGUGGUGUGUUCAGCGUGCUGUGACACCUUGGUGUUAUUGGUGGACCAGGGCCAUGCAGACCUGGAGUACAUCCUCAAUGGUGUCCUCAACCUCCUGCCUUCUGCAAGACACACUCAAGGGUUGAUAAAAGUCAUUCGGCGAUUGUUGGAGAUGCAGGCUGACCAGAGCGAUGGACACUUCACCUGUCCAUAUUCUAUCAGGAGCAGCCCUCACCCGUACGUCACAGCCCUGGAGAACAGAGUGGACUGCUGGCCGGCUCUGCUGUUCGAGAUCGAUGACUUUAUCCAGAAAGCUGUUGACAGAGAUAAAGCGGCUUAUAUCACCAUGCUGGCCCCCUUCCUUCGGUACCUAUACUGCCAACCUCACAGGCAACCCGAGCACACGCUGCUUCGACAGAGUCUUCUUAGGGUGAUGCUGCCCAUUCAGGGAGGAUCCAGGUCCGCCCCCCAGAACAAGGAGCAGGAAAUGCUAUCCCCAGUGUCUGACAGGCUGCUGCUCUGUCUUUGUCAGCUGGUUCCACACAUGCAGGUGGACAGCGUGGAGGCAGUCCUGGAGCUGUGUGCAUUUGUGGGCGCUCUGCUCCAAGAUCUAACUGGGACCUCUGGAGACCAGUGGAAACCAGAGAAAGCGGCGCUGGCUCUGCAGCUGCUGUGUGCGUGUCGGCGAUGCCUCGAGUUAAACGGAGACUGCAGACCAAUAAUCGGCUUAAUACAGCAGCUGGUUCCAGCCUGUCAGGAGUUGCUGUUGGAUGAGCUGAUGAUGGGCGUGGCCUUGCUCUUGUUGGAAGCUCCUUCAGAUCAGCUGACCAGCCUUCUCAGACUUGCACUGAGUUUGGUCCCUGAACAGGCGGAGGCGUCGCCCUGGUUGAGUCCGGUCCUGAUUCUCCCCGUGUUGCAGCUCCUGUCCUGCUUGGGUCUCACUGAGCCGCUGUCUGACCAGAACACACACAGCACCAACCACAGGCUGGCUCACAGCCUGCUGCGCAGCAUCGGCAGGCCCGCAGAUAAACCCCAGCAGCCUGCCCCAUCACUGCCUCUGUCUCUGAGUUCCUGGUAUAGUGAGCUCAGCGUGUCUUUGUCGGUACUGCGCAAAGUGGCCAACAAUCCAGCAGCAGCGACCGAUUGGCUGUUGGCGGUCAGCUCCGCCCUGUCGUCCAGCCAGCGCCUGUCCUCCUCUCUUGUCCUGAUUGUGACUUAUCUCAUCAUCAUGGGUCAGGAAAACAUCUGCCAGCUGGCUUUGAAAGCAAGCCAGGCUGUCGCCGCUGCCGACCCCUGCCAGGUCCCGCCCCUCCUGCUGCUUCUUUUUUUCAAACUGACCAAAGAAAAGAAUCCCGUCCUGGCUCACGCUGUUCUCACAAGCCUGCCAAACCUCGGCACUCAUAAGCUUUGCUUCCCGAUCGUGCUGCACAGUCUGCACAUGCUGGCCGGCUCCCCCAAGCUGAGAGCAGUGGGACUGCGCCUCAUGACCGCUCUGUGGAAAAAACAGGACCGGGUCUACCCAGAGCUGCAGCGUCUAAUGAGCCAGCAGGACAGCAGGGUGGUGCUGGGGAGGGACGCCCAGUGGGAGCAGAUCCUGGCCAGGGCCGCCUGUGUCAGGGACAUCUGCAGAGAGAGGCCUUACCAGCAUGCAGGGGACAUGGUGGCUGCCAUUUCACUCACUUUAAAACAAUGCAACAGAGCAGACCUGGCAACCCCGGCUGCUCUCGUCCUGCAGGGUCUACAGGAGCUGUGUCGAGCAGAGGUGGUGGAUAUUAUCUCAGCAUGGAGAACUGUUUGGCCUGAGCUCAGCUGUCACUCACAGCCAGGAGUGGUUCAAGCCAUCGCUGAGCUUUUGGCUCUGGUGCCUCAGCUCACAGUUAAAUCAGAGCAGUACGAGGUGCGUCGUAACGUUCAUGUUCCUCUGUGUUGAGGAGCUAACAGAGUGACACAGGAACUCCACCAGGUUAUGUUUUUCUCUGUGGUUCUGUCUGUAAACAGGACUCUCAGCAGCUGUUUGUAUAUUCUAAGCUUACUGUAGAGUCACAUCUCUACAUCACUGUGUUUGGUAGCUAAAGUUAGCACAUCAAUGUAAAGUUGGGUAGAAGCACAAAGUACAGACGUGUGAGGGUCCAGUCCUCGGAGUCCUGCUCUGGUCGGACUUCACAGGGUCAGUAACUAAUAAAUGGAUCAGCGAGUGUGAGCAUCUUUUUAAAAACAGAAGUUUUGCUAAUUUGUUGCUCUGGAGGAUUCAACACAGCGCAGCAGUGGCCGUCCCAGCAGAUGAAUCCUAGACCAUGCAGUGCUGCUUGUUGGAAAGCUCUCCUCCUCUCUAACAAUGAUAUGGCGGUACAGCUUAGGUUAGCAAAGUUGCAUCUAAACAAACACAAGACCAAAGGCCAAAACCAAACUUACCAUGUUAGUACAGGACGCCUGAUAGGGAUGCUUUUGGGUUGCAGCCACAGGACCUGCGCAGCACCUUACAGUCACUGAGUCAGCCACAAAUUUCUCUGCUGUGUGAACUUAAGCUUAGUGAAAAUCGGUGACUGUAAAAUGAAACCAAUUGCUAAACCUCCUUAGGAAACUCAACUCCUUUGGAGUCAGCACACCCAUCAUGAUGACUUUUUACUACACGUUCCUGGAAAGCAUCAUGACCUUCUCCAUCACCUGCUGGUUCCACUCCCUCAGCCUUCAUACAGGAACAGACUGCAGCAUCAGUGUGCUCUAAAAUCACUGGCCUGCCUGUCAGAACUCUGGCACAGGUUUUCAUCAACAGGCCCUUAGACAGGCAGCCAAAAUCAUCAACGAGCCCUCUCACAUUCUUCACCCCGCAUUUCAAUGGCUCCCCUCUGGGCGACGCCUCCGCUGCAUUUCCUGCAGGACUGAGAGGAGGAGGAGCGCCACCUUUGUCCCCAAAGCCACUCUGCUUUUUAACUCCAGCCGAUAAGAACAUUUCACCAGAAACAUAAACUACACUCUUUUUAUACUACCAACACUUUACUCACUUUUAGUCACUUACAGUAAUUUAUUCACCUUUCAGUCACUUUAAUUUUAAAACUGUAUAUUCUGUGUAUUUAUUAUCUCACUCUUAUUGUCCUUAUCUUCAAUGUCAUGCUGCUCUGAUGUUGGUUAAUUGCCCCUUGGGGAUAAAUAAAGUCUCUCUGAUUCUGGUCUUGUUUAUUUAUAUAUUGGUAGUUUGAUAGGUUUUGUAUUUGUAUUCUUUUACAUCAUAUUAAAAUGUAUAAAUAUAUAGAUUUAAAUAUAUUUGUGUAUUCAUCUCUGGAUUAUGUUUGGUUUUCUUUUAUUUAUUUCUGCACUGGUUGUUGUGUAUUACUAUUUAGAUUGUCGUUUUUUUUUCCAUUAUUGUAAUUGUGUAUAAAGUUUGAUUUGAAUAAAAUUUACACUCCAAUGCU